CCUCUGCAUCUCUCAACCGAUCGAUCAAACAAUUUCUCUACUCCUCCCAUCCAGAAAAUAGCCAGCCUGUGCCCCCGCGUCGUCGCCGCUCCCCCACCACCAUCUCAAAAUAUUAUUAAACUUCGAACAAAAACUAAAAAAUAAAAAUAAAAACAAAAUUGGGACGGGGACGACGACGACGACGACGAGGACGAGGGAUCCGAUCUCGUGAAAGAGGAGGAGGGAGGAGGAGGAAGAGGAGAUCGCCAUGAGCGUGAUCGACAUCCUCACGCGCGUCGACGCGAUCUGCAAGAAGUACGACAAGUACGACGUCGAGAAGCUCAACGCCAACAACGUCUCCGGCGAUGACCCCUUCGCCCGCCUCUUCGCCUCCGUCGAGGCCGACAUCGACUCCGCUCUCGAGAAAGCGGAGAUGGCGGCGAAGGAGAAGAACCGGGCCGCCGCCGUCGCCAUGAACGCCGAGAUCCGACGCACCAAGGCGCGGCUCAUGGAGGAGGUCCCCAAGCUCCAGAGAUUGGCGCUCAAAAAGGUGAAAGGGCUUUCGAAGGAAGAGCUCGCCAUGCGUAAUGAUUUGGUUGUGGCCCUACCAGAGCGCAUACAAUCAAUACCAGAUGGGAGUGCUACUGGAACGAAACAGACGAGCAGCUGGACAGCUUCAGCUUCCCGCACUGAAAUUAAGUUUGACUCAACUUCAGAUGGAAGAUUUGACAGUGAGUACUUUCAGCAGAGCGAAGAGUCAAAUCAAUUUAGACAAGAAUAUGAGAUGCGCAAGAUGAAGCAGGAUCAAGGUUUGGAUGUCAUUUCUGAAGGUUUGGAUACACUUAAAAACAUGGCCCAUGAUAUGAAUGAGGAAUUGGAUAGACAAGUUCCUUUGGUUGACGAGAUUGAAACAAAGGUGGACAGGGCUAAUGCGGACCUAAAGAAUACUAAUGUGAGACUGAAGGAAACUGUCACUCAGCUGAGAUCCAGUCGCAAUUUCUGUAUUGAUAUCAUCUUGCUGUGUAUCAUUCUCGGUAUUGCUGCUUACCUCUACAACGUAUUGAAACACUGAGAUGCAAUGCCUGGAUACUCUCUCUUCUCAUUUCUCAGCUCGCCGUUUGUGAUGAUGUACCUAUGUUUCAAUGUGGUUUGUGUUUAAAAUGUGCCGUGCUUUCCAAAAUAAACUUAUUUUUUACGAUACCGGAGGUAAUAUGCUUGUGAUAUUUAUGGCUUUAGUCGUCGCUACUGCUAUGCGUUUAAGCCCUGGAACCGUUCAACAAUGCCGAUUAAUGGUGCAAAAACUGAGCAAAUUCGUAGCAGCGCAUCAAAUUGUCGUUUCAAUUUCUGAAGGGGCUUCCUGGUGUCUAUGUAGUUUUUUGUGUUUGUGUUUUUAACGGAUAUGUAUAAUUGGAUGUAAUCCAGUCACUGCUUCCCGAUGUACGUUUUCAUUAUUGCGCUUCUUAUAACACAAGGUGGUGCUCGACUCUUGAGGAUGGUGAGGUGCCCCAGUAUUAUAACGUA